AUGAGUUCUUGUGCAGUUGCAGUUUUUACAAUUCUUGCAGUUACGUUUCUCAAUGUUUCUGCUAAACAUGCACAUGUUAAAUCGAACAAAUUCUGCAAUUUAUACGAAGGCGAAUGGGUAUUUGAUGAUUCAUAUCCUCUCUACGAUUCGAAUAAGUGUCCAUUCUUGAUACAGCAAUUUAAUUGCUCGGGAAAUGGACGGCCAGAUCGAGAUUAUCAGAAGUAUAGAUGGCAACCCCAUAACUGUAAUCUACCCAGGUCAGUUCUUGAUGAGCUUGUGUUGGAAGUGUUGGCUUUACAGCAAUUCAAUUACAUGCUGAUGUACUCGCGGAAUGCAUUCCUAGUCGACAUUACGAAGGAAAAAUCAAAACGAGUGCUCAAACUCAACAAGAUUGGUGGCAGUGUAAAACAGUGGUUGAGUAGUGACAUUUUGAUCUUUGAUACAUGGCACUGGUGGCUUCAUACCGGAAGAAAACAACCAUGGGAUUUGGUUCAAUAUGGAAAAGUUAGGGUCAAAGAUAUGGAUAGAAUGGUAGCUUAUGAGAAAGCCUUGAGGACAAUGACACGAUGGAUAGACCGGAGUGUCAACACAAAGAGAGUUAAAAUCUUUUUCCAAGGCGUCUCGCCUGAUCAUUGGAAUUCUACUCAAUGGGGCAAGCCGGAACUUCAGCGGUGCAGCGGUGAACGGCAGCCCUUUAGGCCGGAGAUGUAUAGCGGGGGCCGUAACCUACCCGAAAGCGUGUUGGAGAACGUGCUUGGGACCAUGAGGAAGCCAGUUCACUUGCUCAAAAUUACAGCGUUGUCACAGUUUAGGGUUGAUGGGCACCCCUCAAUUUAUGGCAACCCUAGGAAGAUCGGCAUGGAUUGCACACACUGGUGCCUUCCUGGGAUUCCUGAUGUUUGGAACCAGCUACUUCAAGAAACUCUUAUCAGAUUGAAUUGA